AUGGACGCUGAUAGCGGCAGCAGCAGCAGCGGUCCGGCUCCCGGCCCGGGUCCGGAAGAGGAGCAGCAGCCCAAGGAGGAACCCUUGGCCCCAGACGGCAGCUCCCCGGACAGGUCCCAAAGCAAGGCUGUGGCCCCUGAGGCAAGCCCAGAGAAGAGCUGCUCUCUCCACAGCUGCCCCCUUGAGGAACCUUCCAGUUCUUCAGGACCCCCACCAGCGACUUCCACCCUCCAGCCUGGGGGCCCGUCCAGCCCCUUGGCCCCUGCACACUUCACCUAUCCCAAGGCACCACAGGAAUACCGGGGGGACAGUUCCCUGCCAGGGCUUGGGGACCGGGCAGCUCUAUGCUCCCAUGGCUCUAGCCUCAGCCCUUCUCCAGCCCCCUCACAGCGAGAUGGGGCCUGGAAGCCACCAUCCGUGCAGCACCAUGUGGUCAGUGUCAGGCAGGAACGGGCCUUCCAGAUGCCAAAGAGCUAUUCCCAGCUGAUUGCCGAGUGGCCGGUGGCCAUGCUGCUGCUGUGUCUGGCUGUCAUCCUCCUCUGCACCCUGGCUGGACUGUUGGGGGACCGACUGCCCGACUUCUCCAAGCCCUUGCUAGGUUUUGAGCCUCGAGACACAGACAUUGGGCGCAAGCUAGUGGUCUGGAGAGCACUGCAAGCCCUCACAGGCCCCAGGAAGCUGCUUUCUCUUUCCCCAGACUUUGAGCUGAACAGCUCAAACCCCCACACCACUCUGAGCCCCACACCCUGGAGCAGUACCCAGGAGGGCUUGGUCCGGCCUCGAAGGAUGGUGGAACCCCUGGAAGACAGAGGGCAGGAGGACUUCUUUUGUGGUCCCCCUGAGAAGAGCUAUGCACAGCUGGUGUUCAUGUCGACCUCAGCGGGCAGCCUGUGGAACUUGCACGCCAUCCAUUCCAUGUGUCGCAUGGAACGGGACCAGAUCCGCUCCCAUACCCGCUUUGGGGCUCUGUGCCAGCGGACGGAAGCCAACAAGUGCUGUCCCAGCUGGUCCCUGGGCAACUAUGUGGCCGUGCUCUCCAACCGCUCCUCCUGCCUGGACACGACCCAAGCGGAUGCAGCCCGAACACUGGCCCUUCUGCGGGCCUGUGCCAUCUACUACCACCGCGGUGCCCUGGUGCCCUCUUGUCUGGGCCCCGGGCAGGACAAGCCCCCGCACUGCGCCCAGGUUCCCACCAAGUGCUCUCGGAGCAGUGCCGUCUACCAACUCCUCCACUUUCUGCUGGACAGGGACUUCCUGAGCCCCCAGACUGCUGACUACCAGGUGCCCUCCCUCAAGUACAGCCUGCUCUUCCUGCCCACUCCAAAGGGUGCCUCUAUGAUGGGCAUCUACCUGGACCGCCUAGCCACCCCCUGGGGGCUCUCUGACAACUACACAUCCAUCACUGGCAUGGACCUGGGCCUCAAGCAGGAGCUGCUGAGGCACUACCUGGUCCAGGACACGGUGUACCCCUUGCUGGCCCUGGCUGCCAUCUUCCUCAGCAUCGCCCUCUACUUGCGCUCCCUCUUCCUCACACUCAUGGUGCUGCUGGGGGUGCUGGGCUCCCUCCUGGUUGCCUUCUUUCUUUACCGUGUGGCCUUCCGCAUGGCCUACUUUCCCUUCGUCAAUCUGGCAGCCUUCGUCCUGCUCAGCAGCGUCUGCGCCAACCACACCCUCAUCUUCUUCGACCUGUGGCGCCUCAGCAAGAGCCAGCUGCCCUCCGGGGGGCUGGCACAGCGCGUGGGCCGCACCAUGCACCAUUUCGGCUACCUGCUGCUGGUCUCGGGCCUCACCACGGCCGCGGCCUUUUAUGCCAGCUACCUGAGCCGUCUGCCGGCCGUACGCUGCUUCGCCCUCUACAUGGGCACGUCCGUGCUGGCGCACCUGGCGCUCACGCUGGCCUGGCUGCCCUCUGCCGCCGUGCUCCACGAGCGCUACCUGGCCCGCGGCUGUGCGUCCCGGGCGCAGGGCCCGUGGGGCGGCAGUGCGCCCCGGCGGCUGGCGCUGGCGCUGCACCGGCGGCUCCGCGGCCUUCGGAGGGCGGCGGCCAGCACCUCGCGCCUGCUCUUCCAGCGCCUGCUGCCCUGUGGGGUCAUCAAGUUCCGCUACAUCUGGAUCUGCUGGUUCGCCGCGCUGGCGGCAGGGGGCGCCUACAUCGCCGGCGUUAGCCCCCGUCUGCGGCUGCCCACUCUGCCGCCGCCCCGCGGCCAGGUCUUCCGGCCUAGCCACCCCUUCGAGCGUUUCGACGCAGAGUACCGCCAGCAGUUCCUGUUUGAGCGGCUGCCUCAGGGCGAGGGCGGCCACAUGCCUGUGGUUUUGGUGUGGGGCAUCCUGCCCGUGGACACUGGCGACCCGCUGGACCCUCGCAGCAACAGCUCCCUGGUGAGUGACCCUGCCUUCUCUGCCAGCGGUCCCGAGGCCCAGCGCUGGCUGCUGGCACUCUGCCACGAAGCUCGGAAUCAGAGCUUCUUUGGUGUCCAGCCCGAGGGCUGGCCCACGCUGUGCUUCAUGGAGGCCCUCCAGCGCUGGGUGGAGAGUCCUGCUUGUGCCCGCCUGGGGCCUGGCCUCUGCUGUGGCCACUCAGGCUUCCCUUGGGCACCCCAGCUUUUCCUGCACUGCCUCAAGAUGAUGGCUCUGGAGCAAGGCCCCAACAGCACCCGUGACCUAGGACCCCGCUUCAAUAGCCAGGGCGGCUUGGCUGCCCUGGUUCUGCAGUUCCAGACUAACUUCCAGUACAGUACAGAUUACAGCCAAGCACACCACUUCUAUGCUGAAGUCAGCCACUGGCUGGCAGGGGAGCUGGGCAGAGCACCUCCCGGCCUCCACCGGGGUUGGUUUACCAGCCAUCUGGAGCUGUACAGCCUGCAACACAGCCUGAGCACAGAACCUGCUGUGGUGCUGGGCCUGGCUCUGGCGCUGGCGUUUGCCACACUGCUGCUGGGCACCUGGAACGUUCCGCUUAGCCUGUUCUCCGUGGCAGCGGUGGCAGGCACCGUACUGCUCACCGUGGGGCUCCUGGUUCUACUCGAAUGGCAGCUCAACACUGCCGAAGCCCUCUUUCUCUCUGCUUCCGUGGGCCUCUCAGUAGACUUCACUGUCAACUACUGCAUCUCCUAUCACCUGUGCCCACACCCCGACCGCCUGAGCCGCGUGGCCUUCUCGCUGCGCCAGACCAGCUGUGCCACGGCUGUGGGGGCCGCGGCCCUGUUUGCGGCCGGUGUGCUCAUGCUGCCUGCCACGGUGCUGCUCUAUCGCAAGCUGGGCAUUGUCCUCAUGAUGGUCAAGUGCGUCAGCUGUGGCUUUGCCAGCUUCUUCUUCCAAUCUCUGUGCUGUUUCUUUGGACCAGAGAAGAACUGUGGGCAGAUCCUCUGGCCUUGUGCCCACCUGCCAUGGGAUGCUGGGAAUGGGGAGCCUAGUGGGGAAAAGGCAGGCCGCCCAAGAUCAGGGCCAGUGGGAAAGGCACCCGGAUCCUGCUCGGAACAAUACGAGCUACAGCCCCUGGCACGGCGCCGGAGUCCCAGCUUUGACACCAGCACAGCCACUAGCAAACUGUCCCACCGGCCCUCGGUGCUCUCUGAGGAUCUACAGCUGCAUGAUGGCCCCUGCUGCCCCCGGCCCCCACCGGCCCCUGCCUCCCCAAGGGAGCUGUUCCUGGACCACCAGGCAGUCUUCAGCCAGUGCCCGGCCCUGCAGACCUCCUCCCCCUAUAAGCAGGCUGGCCCCAGCCCCAAAACCCAAGCCAGGCAGGACUCCCAAGGGCAGAAGGCUGAGCCCGUGCAGGCCUCACCAGAAGCCUCGGCCCACCCUCCCAAGCCCAAGGCCGUGGAGCCUCCGGAUUGCCUCUGCUCCUCAGCUAGCACCCUGGAGGGGCUCAGCGUCUCUGACGAGACCUGCCUAAGCACCUCUGAGCCCAGUGCCCGAGUGCCAGAUUCUGUGGGUGCCUCCCCAGAGGACCUGGACGAAACAGAGCAAACGGUACCUGAGCGGGGCCAGCUGAAUGAGAAGCGAGACACCCUAUGGCUGGCACUGAGGGAGACCGUAUAUGACCCGUCGCUGCCUGCCUCCCACCAGAGCAGCUCCUCCUGGAAGGGCCGUGGGGCACCAGGGGAUGGCAGCCCUGUGGUGCUGCCCAACAGCCAGCCAGAUCUGCCAGAUGUUUGGCUACGCAGGCCCAGCACCCACACUUCAGGCUACAGUAGCUGA